AUGGACACAGGGCAGCGGUUGCUACUCCCUUGUGAUGUAGACAGCCCCAGGAAGGAAGUUAAGCUGAGGGUAACCCCUUCAGAGCUGAAGUUCCAGGAUACAGUAUCUGGGAAAGUGUACCGCCUCCCUCUUACUGUACAAAAUUUGGGCCGCUGGAACCAGAAGAUCAGAUUUCAAGAGCCAGCAAACCCGCAGUUCAAACUGUUGUUGACCAAGCUGGAUAAGGAACUUGCUUCUGGCCUUCACAUGACAGCAAUAGUGGAAUAUCAUCCUAAUAAAGAUGAAGACACAUUUGACCACAUGCUUAUUUUUGUAGGAAAUAAAGUACUAGAGAUUCCUCUAAUUGGUCUGAUUCCAACAUGUCAACUGGAAAUUGUGUCAGUAGUAGAUUUUGGCACAGUAGUUGCCAAUAGUAAAGUGCAUUGCAAAGAGAUUAGUAUUGUUAACCAUGGCAUGGCUCCAGGCAUGUUUAAAACAGAAUACUGCGGUCAGUUGCCUAUUGUCAUUUCUCCAAGUAGUGGUAUUGUGAAACCUCAGUCAUCAGAGGUCAUCAAAGUAGAUUUCUGUGCAGACAAGGCCCACAUUGUAAAUGAAAUGGCAAGAGUGACUUUACAAGGUCUUCCUGAUACAUUCUUGAACAUCAAAGUUCAUGUGGUUGAACAGAUAAUUGAACUGUUUAACACAGAAAGUGACAAGAAAUUGGAAUGUAUACAGUUUGGUGCUGUGUUCUUUGGAACAUCAAAAAUUGAGCAUGCACUUCUGUUUAACAAUAGCCCUGAAACCAUUAACUGGGUGGCAAUAAUGCAAAAUGAUUGUGUUGGAGAAGAGCUGGUAAGAACAAAUAUUCAUCAAAGGACAGAUAUUGCUUUAAAUAAUCUCCCCUACUUAAACAAAAUAAAGAAAAUCAAUAUGACUGAUUUUAUCUUCUGUGUUCCCAAUGAAGGGACUUUACUUCCUUAUCAAAAGAUUGUUAUUACAUUUUGCUUCAGCCCAAAGCUUGUAGUUGAUGCUCAAAGGGAUGUUGGGCCUUCACAUAGGCAAGACUAUGCUCUCUUUGUGAGAUUUGAUUCUGUGGGAAGUAAAGAUGGAUUUUUAAGUGAUGAUAACUCUAACACCAUGAAAAGUAAUCAACUUCAAAAUGUGGAGUUAGCACUGACAGGCUCUGGACUUCCUGUCUUAUUACAGUUUGAUCCAGGAAAAGUACUGACUUUUGCACCUUGUUACAUGGGUGAACAUUCAGAUAUUCUGUGUGCUAUAAGAAAUCAUUCCAUAUCACUCCCUGUGAUAUAUCAUUUUCAAAGAACUUCACACUUUAAAAUGUAUCCUGAAAGGGGCAAAAUUGAAGAAGGAUGUUUUCAGAAUGUGAUAUGUUCAUUUGUUCCACAUCAAAUUGGUUUAUUUAAAGUGAAGCAACUGAUUGAGAUUAUCGGACCAGUGGCAGAUGAAAACUUACGGUCUUUGUCAAUGAAACCUUUUCAUUAUAUACAUUUAGAAUUCAACAGUACUUGCAAAGCUUACACUAAAAAAGUUGGAGUGAAAAUUAAUCCUGGUUUAUCUCCAUUGAUUAGUAAUCCCACAAGACAAUUUGUGAUCAGAGAUUCAGAGAAAAAGGAUUAUCUUCCACCUGUAGCAGCAAUGCUAAGGUCAGCCAUGACGAACCUUCAUAAUCAUCACCUAAAUGAUGAAUCAGUGAAGAAUGCACUGAUUGCCUUUCCUAAUGAUAGAGCUGCAAGUAUCAGGUCUGGAGAUCACCAUAAACAUUUCAGGACGAUUUUCACAAAGAUGCCAAGGUAUGAUUAUGUGGAUCCUGAUUUUGAAUACACUGAUUUGGAAAAACUGGAAAGAAAAAUACAUCAAGAUUACUAUGCAGACUAUAUUCGAAAUUUAAGAAAUGCACGCCUAAAGAAAGAAGCAAAGAGGGAACUCAAAUUUCCCCUUAACAAAGAAUAUAUAGACAUGCAGCCAUCAUCUAGUUUAAGGUCACCAUCACCAUCUCAAUCAGUAACAAAAGAGGAGAUACCUUCAUCUUUAAAAGCUUCUUCUCUCAGAGCUAAGAGAUUGCUAAGCACCAAGAAAAUGGAAUGCAGGGAGACAGAAUGUCUGGAGAGAACGAUCACUAGAAGACUUAAAUCAAAGCCAACCAUUCACCGUGAAAAACAUGACUGCAGCAAAGUUUUGACACCAAAGCAAAUUCAUCAAGUAAUUGUUGGACCAUCUGUACUUAAUUUUGGUAAUGUUUGUGUGGAAUCUACAAAUACUCAGCAACUUCAUGUUGUUAAUAUGCUGUCCAUGUAUGUAUUGAUCCAGUUAGAUAGUGAUUUGGAAGAACUUCAGAAAACCAACCAAUUUUCAUAUGUGAUCCCACCAACAUCUACUACAUAUAUUUCAAUGGUGUUCCAAUCUUCUACCAAUGGGAAAUUCUGGAAAUCAUUCACAUUUAGAAUUAACAACGUAAAGGGUGGACAUAUCCUAGUGUCGGCUGUCAUCAUGCCUCCAAAACUUGAGCUGUCUUCUAAUGAGAUUGUAUUGAGACCACAAACUUUCUUGUUGGAAACAUGUUUUCGGGGAACAAUUAGACUCUAUAAUCAUCUGAAUCUCCCUGCCCAGUUUGGGUGGCAACCAGAAAGUGCACUGAGAGGAACUGCAUUUACUAUUUGUCCAGCCAAAGGUGUUGUUGAUCCAUAUUGCUCAUUGGAAUGUGAAGUCAGCUGGCAUCCAAGUUUUAGUUCUCCAGAGAGUGGAGAAUUUAUUCUUCAAGUUUCUGGAGGAAAUACUUUGACAUUGACGUGUACUGCACAUGUUGGUCACACUAGAGUCAAGAUUUUAGAGCCAAGAAUAAUAUUCAGUAAUAGUUCUCAAGGUUUAACUAAUUGGAGGAAAGCCAUUCUUCACAAUGUAGGGCCAAACCAUGCUUAUUUUAAGGUUGCUAUUCACCGUGCAAAUGUAAUAGAUCUUAGGAUUGGUGGAUCUGUUGAAAUUGCUGAUGUUGAAAUCACACCUAAUAGAUUUAAUUUCAAUGGUACCUUUAUUGGCUCUACAGAAAGUAUUGCAUUUGUAAUAAAAAACAAAGGUGUGACGCGUGCCAAAGUGGAGUUCAAUCUAAAAGAUUUUCCACUUUUUGCAAUGGAUUUUAAGGGACAUGCAGGAUAUUGCAAAAAUCCAGAAGUUCCUCAUAUGUAUGCAAUAGAAAUAGAAGAAAACACGUCUGUGGAAUGUGGCAUAACAUUUUCUCCUGUAGAAAUAGCAACAUAUGAAUUUAGCUUUCCUGUCCAUAUUAAUUCCUUUAAGGCUUCAGAGCUCUACUCUGAAUAUUUGUCACAGAAAAAGACUUUGAUGCCAAGAACAUCACCACUUAUUCCACCAUGUUUUGUUCAAGCUACUGUGUUGCAAGCACCGUUGGAAUUAUCCAGCACUGCAUUUAUCUUUAAAAUCCCAUUACAUGAGCUUCAACAUAAUAAGGAGAUCACAAGAAUUCAGGACCUUGUCUUAUUUAAUGUUUCACAAAAAAUUGUUCAAUGGUCUUUGGAUAUUGGCAAAAUUGAGACAUAUUUCAAAAGUGGCAUAUUCAAAUUUACUGCAUUGAUUGGAAGUCUAAAACCAAAUGAAAAGUGUUCUAUUUCCAUAUAUUUUUGUCCAAAGGAUCCCAUAACAUACAUAGCUGAUGUUGCUAUACGAUUAAAUGAUAAUUUAUCUGACUAUACAACACUAAAUCUGAUUGGAGAGAUACAAUUACCAAAAAUAUUUUUUGAUCCACCAUUUAUAUGUUUUACUCCUGUACCUUUGGGUAUCACAGCUGGGGUAGAUAUCAAAAUUUUGCCACAAAAUUAUUUCAGUAAUUCAGCUCUACAAUUCAAGAUUCCCACUGCAAUGCUUCUUAAUGAGGAUGAAAUUCAACCACUUACUGUGACAUUUCCAAAAGGCAGAGUUAUAAAUGGCUCUAGUACUGGAAUUAAUGAUGAGAUACUAUGUCAUAUUAGUUUCAGUUCAUCUAAACCUGUUUCCUUUUUUGCCGAGAUUAUUUUUCGUGAUGACAGAGAUAACUGGUUUUCCCUUCCAGUUACUGCAACAGCAGAAAAUUGCAUUCUUACUAUUUAUCUUUAUUUGGCAAUUCAUCCUGACAAGCAGAAAGUUAUUGUAAAGGAUGAACAGGAAGGAAAUACUACAAAGCCUAUAGGCAGUUUUUUGAUUCCUGAAAUUCCACGCCAGGAUUCCAAAUCACUUUCUACAGGGCAAAGAGAAUCUCUUGUUUCCAGUAUUAGUGAUGAUGCUGAACUUACUCAUGGGAACCUAUUUGUUGGGACGGAAAUUGCAUGUGAACCUGUGGACUCAGAUGAAAGUAUUCCAGAUAGAGUAAAUUUUGUAUCUCUGGAAAAUGAAGAGAUGAAUCAACAGUUCUUUGCACCUGAAGAAGGAUCAAAGGCUUUUGACUGUUUUCAGAAGGUUGUGAAUGCAACUCAGACAUGGUUCAGUCUCUUUGGCUGGCCUGAAGGUCCCCAUUCUCUUUCUAUUCCUGAAACAAUAAGAAGGGAUGUGCAGAAAAUAAAAUUCUAUUCAGCAUCCUCACCACCCAAGAAAUUUUCCAGACAGUAUGAUUUUUAUAAAUAUAAUAAGACAAUUUAUGAUGUGAUUCUGCACUUGAGUGAAAGACUUCCACCUGGAAUUAACUCAAAUCAGUCCUUACCAGUGGAUAAUACUGAAAGGGUGAUACAGCUCCAUUCACAACAUGCCUCACUUCUAGACUUUAUCACUGCUCAAGGUGGAUGCAUUUCUCAUGUAUUGCCAGAAUUUUUGCUUGGACCAGAAGAUUAUAAGAAAUGGCUUGAAAUUACAGCAUCCACUAAAAACAUGGAUCUCUGUACACUUAAGGGAAACUGUUCUAUUAAUAUAGAUAUGGAGAAGUUUGAAGCCUGGAGUAAACGGGCAUGGACAGAUGUAUUUCUUCAGAUAUACAAGGUUAUGAUUCUAUAUCGUGUGACACCACAUUGCUGCAGUUCUGCAACAAACAUGUGUGGGGAGAACACAACAAAAAUCAAUCCUUGUUUUGCAUCCAGCAACAUAUAUUCUAAUUCGGAAAGGAUUCUACUUAGUUGGUUGAAUACAAAUUAUGAAAGUCAUCGGCAUAUUAUAUGGAAGAAUAACAAAAGUGGUGUUCCUUCUGAGAGAUGGAUAGUGAAUUUUGAAGCAGACCUUUUUGAUGGCCUUGUUUUUGCUACACAGCUAGCAGCAUAUUGUCCAUUUUUGAUUGAGUCUUAUCUUAUAAAUAUGUAUACACAACCAAAAUAUCCCGAACAGUAUGUGCACAAUUGCUUGAUUAUUACAAAUAGUUUUUGUGAAAUUGGCUUUGAUUUAAACAUACAGGCCAUCGACCUCUGUGAUCCAAAUCCAGUGCUGAUGCUAAUGCUCUGCGUCUACAUGUAUGAAAGGCUCCCUACAUACCUCCCCAAGAAAGUGGUACCAUUCUCUUGUACUCUGUAUGAGUCUGUGCAUGGACAGAUUUUAUUGAAAAAUCCAAGCUUGAAGAAUUUAGUGUAUACAGCUUCAAUUGUUGGAAGAGAUGCUGCUGACUUCUGUCUCACCCAGACUGGGAAGGUUAUAACAGUUUCCCCAAAAAACCAAAUUGUCCUCGUUCUGAAAUUUUUAAGUCACUUCCUCCAUCCUUCUGAAGCUACACUAUUGUUAAUUUCAAAACAUAAGGGUGGAAUAGGAGGCAGUACAAUGGCUUUUGCUCUAAAGGGAGAAGUACUAAAUUUUAAAGCAAUUGAGAUUCUAAAAUAUAAAGUUCCAUGUUAUCAAAGGAAAGAAGUCACAGUGGAUGUGAAAAACCCCUUCCCAACGGGUGGAGAGUUUCGUGUCAUUCUUGUGGAAUCCACAACACUUAUGUAUUUGCCCUCACACGUAACUGGAUCUUCAAAAGGUGCUGUGAUCUCCAAUCAUGAAAUGCAUAGUGAUUAUGAUGCUGAUCGGAGUUCUUUCCAUGUGGACAAUGGCUUAAGAACCUCAAUUAAAUCUAACUACAUCAAAGAAUUCUUCUGUUCAACGCAUACAAUUUUCAUGGAAGCAAAAGGAUCCUCAAGCCUGGAGAUUUACUAUCUUCCCUUUGACAUGCAUAUUCGCUAUUGUGCCAUCCUGAGCAACAAAGUGAUUGGAGAUUUGAUAUAUAUUAUAGAAGGAAAAGGUUUGCUACCCUUGCCUUCCAGCUUCCUUUCAAUGAAACCUUCAAAUCCAAUUGACUACAGCAGUUCUCUAGAAGAGCAUAAUAAGGAAGAUCCAGUUCUAUAUUUGAGCUGCAAACCACAUCAAAUCCUUGAUUUUGACCUUAAAGUAUCAGUGACUAAUGAAGCUAAGGAAAAGGCUUUGGUUUUUGCAGCUCAGCAACAGAUGUCAACUCUUGAGUAUGAAUGAAGGGCUAUCACUGGCACUUUGGAGAGCAGUACCAUUCGUGUGGCCAUUGCCCUCCUCGGACUAACCAAAAUUGAGUGCCUUUUGCUCUUUCAUAUGUCAAAUUUGAAGAAGCCUAAAUCCAUUUUAUAUACCUCAGCACUGAGCCUUCCUGCACAUUUUAACAUACCCAGGAAAAUUUACAUCCCUCAGAUUCCAGAACUUCCAGCUGUCCAUAGUCAAUCUCUUGAAAUUAAAACCAAAAUAAUAACAGGUAAUCAAGAAUUUUUGAUUGUAAUAUCUAGCUGUAUUAGAACUUUAGAAGGAACUGCUUCAAUUCCUCUACAAUUUGUUCCUCUUGGACCUGGAAGAUACCCUUGUAAACUUUUGUUGGUAUCAAAAUAUGAUGUACGUGUGUAUAUACUUGAAGGUAUAGUAAAUGAAGAAGAACCAGAGGUUGUUUUUUUUAAAACACCAGCAUUUGAACCACUUACACAGUAUAUCCCAAUAAAAAAUGAAACAAAGAAACCUUCAAAAUUUCAAGUUAAAGUAGAAGGAGAGUGGUUUUAUGGACCUCAAAUUUUACAUGUUGCCCCUGGUGAAACUAUACAACAUCCUUUGACAUUUAAACCCAUGAUGGAAUGUGAAAUUAAGGGUAAACUUACUUUACAAAAUGAAGCAGAUGGUAUGGAACACAUCAUUGAAAUGGAUGGGACUGGGACAACACCCUUGGCCUUGGACCGCAUUGUUAUAAACUGCACCGUGGGAAAAGUGACAGAUAAAUCCAUAAUAGUGCCUAAUUAUACAAAACGUCUCUUGACAUUUAAGGUAACUUCAGAUCUCUCAAUAGUUUGGGGAAAUCCUUGUAUCACCAUAGAACCUGACAACUCAACUCCGUACAUUCUCCAUGUAUGUCCUUGGAAACGUGGAGAAUUCAGAGGUGCAAUUACAUUUUCCGUUAAGAGCAAAGAUAAGGAAGAUUCUCAGGAAAGUACAGAUUCUAAGAAAGACAUCUAUUCUCAGGAAACACCAUCAGAUACAUCUACCCUCACUUUUGAGGAACAGUCAGAUGAAAAGGUUAAAACUUUAAAAAUCUGGUAUCAUCUUGAGAUUCACAGCUCUCCUGGACCUCCUGUAGAUACAAUUGAACUUCAUUGUGUUGCUCUGGAGACAACCUGUAUUGAAAUUCCCAUCUCCAAUCCAAAAGACAGAUGCAUUCAUAUGGAUGUGAAAUUAACAUCCUCUGCAUUUAAUGGAUCAAAGGAAAUGAGACUGAGUGCAUUUGAAUGUAUGAACUACACUGUACGGUACUCUCCAGCAACCACAGGCUAUACAGAAGAAAGCAUUAUUUUUCAGCCUGAAUCAGGUGAUGAGUUCUGGUAUUUACUGAAAUUAACAACUGGAUUUCCAAGAACAAAGAAAUUACCAGAAAUGCAAUGUGAUCUUGGAAAGGAGAUCAUUCAGAACCUUCCUUUAUAUAAUCCUACAAAUGAAACUUUGGAGUUGAAAAUAAGAAACAGUAAUCCUGAAAAUUUUGUCAUGGAGAUUAACAAGAAAAUACCAUUGGUCCUCCUACCUCACUCUACCAUAGAGCUGCCUGUUUACUUUCACCCAUCAGGACUUGGGAGAAAGGGACAUAAAGCUUGCAUUAACUUCUACUGUACUCAGUUUAAAGAAUGGAAAUUCCGCCUGUUUGGAGUAGGACUGCUUCCCAGGCCUCUAGAUGUACAAAGGAUAACCACAGUCCUUGGCCUUAAAGCAUCUGUCAUGAUAAAUUUCAAAAAUCCUACCCGUGAAGAUGUUUCCAUUGAUCUCAUAUUAACAAAUAAAGAAAAACUCAAGAAUCUUGUCAUUGACCAUGGCUGGGAUAGCUACCUCUAUGAAAAUGAUGCCUUCCAUUUUAACUCUCUGAAGGAUACACACGGAAUUGUCAUUCCUCCCAAAGGAAACUUGGAUAUCUCUGUUUUAUUUAUACCUUCUGCUAUGACGUUAUACAAAACAAUGAUGAUUGUUAAAGUGAAGAGAGCAAACAAAAAAAUGUGGCUGAUUGACAAUUUUGAAGAACUAAGUGCAGAGAAUAAGAGAUUUGUUGGAGUGGACCAUGGGGAAACUCAUGCAAUAUAUUGGAUGUACCCUAUCAUUGGACUUCCACAGGCACCGCCCCCUAAAAAUUCUCCAGUUGUCAUAAAAUGUCAGGCCAACAAACGAGUAGAAGAGAAAGUGAAAGUGACAAUGAUUGGUAGCUUUUUUGGCUCACAUCCAUCGCAUGAAUUGACAGAAUUUUUGGUGUUUCCGAAAAAUUCAAUUAACAAUAUUUAUGAAGAUAUUCAUGUAAUUCCUAAAAGACGAGAAUUUGAGUAUGAAAUAUAAUUUGAAUCUGAAGAUUUGAAGUCUUGCCUGGGUUCCUCUGUAACAUUAUAUUUGUACAGAAAACGAUUUAACAUAAAACAAGAAUUAAUUUCAUUGACUUUCAAUUUAAUAUUUGCACCAAGAAAACCAUUCAGGACUCAUAUCGCGUUGAAAAUUGAGUGCUUAUCAUAUGGAAUCUGGAAAUUUCCUAUAACAUUGAUUGCUACUGAGCCUGAAGUGGAGGAUGUCAUUGACAUCCAAGGAAUAGGUUUAUUCAAGACAUCUAUUACGGAAUUUCAACUGACAAGUCAGACAAGGUAUUAUGAGCCAUUUAUGGCCUAUUUUCUGCCAGGCAGUGAUAGAGACUUUUUUGUAAAACCUCAUUCUGGAGAACUCCCUCCGCUUUACACAAAAGGAAUUCCCAUCGUUGUAGGAUUUAAACCUCAAAUGUACAGUAAGAAAUAUCAAGCAACACUUGUAAUACAGACAGAUAAAAUAUAUUGGUUGUAUGAAAUAAAUGGGUUACCUCCAUCACCGAGAUCACUGGUACAUGUAAAAGCCAAAAUUGAUGCUACUAACAAGAUUUACGGCAGCAUAACACCAAUUCAGCACAAUUUUAUCCGAGAAAACACCAAACUUCGAAGCACAGGAGUAUCUUCUACUAUUAAAGGUGCUCCUUUAGUUAAGAAGCAUAAAUAA